GGCUUUGAAACUUGGACACGUAAAGAUUGUCUUAUGCCAGCUCUUGCUAUUAUGAAUCAUUCUGUAUAUGACGAUAAAAUGAUUAAAUUAUCAGAUUAUGUAUAUACAAAAUCUGUUGUUCACUUCAAACGAUUUGCUUUAACAAAAAUUGAAUAUGCUUUAUUAGUAGCUAUUAUCCUUACAAAAUCGGGUAAAAGUUUAAUUUGUAAAAGCUAG